AUGUUUCUCCAGUGGGUCUCCAAGUGCGAGCUAGUGCCGGUCUCUGCUGACUCUUACGUACUAAAGAAAUUCUCGGACAAAUGUCAGCGCGGUAUGUGCUCGAUGGUUGUAGGCUAUCUUACCGAAGAGAACGUGAAUCUUCAGGCAGUCCUUCCGAGUGGCCAUCAUAUUCGAUGGGCCAUGGAAGUGCUCGGUCACUCCUUUGCGCUACCGAUGGAGGACUCAGAGGUCAUUGCAGGCUCGCUGAACAUUUAUCAGCGCUGGCUUGGGGUGGACCUUGACUCUUUAGCUGCUAAAGGUCAAAAGGGCAGUAAAGAUCAUAGGCCCCCCUGCAUGCAAAAGGUCGAACAGACCUUUAUUCAAGACAUGCUGGGCCAGAUGACGUUGCUCUUUGAAGAGCGUUCCAGUAAUGGCAGCCCAAGCGGGAGUGUCGAGAACAACCUGGCUAAACAUGUGGUUUUAUGCACGAAAGUUUUAAAUACAUUUGAUGCACUUACAAAACAGCGCGGCGCUCAAUUGUCGAACUCGACGUGGGAUCGGUUAAUCCGCUUAGUACUCGGGGCAGCAGACGGACUGCUUCAUAAUCUACGCAAUCAAUUGGGCCACCUAUUAUGUGGCCAACUUGUAAGAGUCUUGAUGGAACUAUAUCUUCGUUCGCUACCUCAGUGCGGACCUAGGGGCGAGUUGUGGAGUCUCCUGCAGAAAUUCUGUCGACGGUGGAUUCACCGUCCGUUGGUAAUUGAGCAGUGGAAUGCUAUCACUCUUGGCCUCACGCAGAGCCUGAUGAAGCAAAUUUACGAUCGGGACGCAUCAAAAGAAAUUGAAGUCUUAUGGGCCGAUACCCGGCAGCCGUCCAGGUUUGAAUUGGAGAGUCCAAUGCUUGCCUACGCGUGGUACCGCCUACUUCGCGUGAUUGGCCACCCUUCUGCGAUUUUUGACCCGGACGUUUAUCUUGCUGCUGUGAAAGGAGUGAGUCGUCUUGCUGAUGAGUUUGCAUGCAUCGAAAAGUUGCCACGUGUCCAGUGGGAGCACGUAUUAGGUGCGCUUAAUCAAGCCCCGAACCGCAACAGUCCGGUAUUCAAAGGAGUCCAUAAUGGAGAUAAUGACGCGUCAAAAGACCUGUCAACAGCCACUCUAUCAAGGAUUCCUGAUCAACCACGAGCACCACCCGAUGUCAACACUAUUUUGCGCUUGCUUGGCCCUUGGCUGUUUGACGCGUGCUUGACUCGCAAGCCACGCUUUGCAGCAGGUCGUAGCGAGGCUCUUCGUUGCCUUGGAAAGCUCCUGUGUCAUUAUUCUCAUGGUCGCUCCAAACGUGUGCAUUGGGCCUACAGCGUUCGCAGCCUCAUGGCGUUGCAAAAUGCGCUGCUUGAUGACGACGAACGGAUCGCUGCUUCAGCAGUGUACAGUUGGUCCAAAGUAUUUUGUUUAUUCGGUUCCCAGACACUUCGUGGUGCAGGCGUUGUUGCGGGGCCAUUUCACAAGGCAAUAGAGCGAGUGUUCCGUGCUGUGGAUCAUAAAGAUACAUCAUCGGCUUUAAGUACAAAAUCAGACGGGCGACGUGGAGGUGAUACGUUUUUUGCUCAGGAUGAUCAACACGUGGGUGGCAUCCCAAUAGUUCUGCUUCGUCGAGCAAGCAUUGAGGCCUGCAGCUCUCUGCUUACGAUCCACUCCCACAUUCCACGUAAAUUAAUUAAAGAGGCAGAAAAGGAAAUUGUUGCCCCCGCAAUGGCUGAUAUAUCUGGGUUGUAUUCGAGCUUGCCGAAGUACACUAGCUCAAAUGUUGUUGCUCUUCUGAUGAAUGCGAUUAAAACUGAGACAGACCCUACAAAUCAGCAGAUGAUGAUGUGGAUCAUGACAGUGGCCAUUCAACAGGAAGCUGCUCUGUGGACCAACGGCUUGACAUCCAGCCGUAACUCACAAGUACCUUUUACCAUCUUGCUGAUCUGCUCAAUUAUCGGCAAGUCGCAAAAGUACAAACCACCGGUACUUUUUACGGCAUUCGAAUGCCUGCGCCACUUAUCCCUGCAACAGCGCGCCAGUGCUCCGCUCAAGAUCGGCACCGUAAUAGCCAAAAUAAUCACAACCAUUGUCGAUGGCAAUGAACGAUUUCAAUCGUUGACGCCCAAUACCACAAACGUGGCUGUGCGAGAGGCUGCUCAGAAGCUGGUAAACAUGCUGAUGAAACAUCAUGUUUCGCCUACGGGUAAUGGUUGCUCAAUCGGUUUUUAUUCGUCGGAGCUAACGGAGAAGUCUGUGCUUUCACAGUUUUGUACAGUGAACGACUUGACUGACAUUUACCGCCACUGCCGUUUUUUCUCCGUAAACAAAAAUUCAAUUUUGACGGCUAUUGAAAAACCGACGAAUGCUGCUGAGUCAGGUGAAGCGAUCUUAGUGAUGAGAGACUCGACAGGCUGUUAUGUUUGGCGGUCCAAACAUCGGCACCAUGACGGAUCACGCCCGAAAAGUAUUUCUGACUUCAAUAACUUUAUUGAAAACGUUAACGACCAAAAGUUGAAGGAAACAGGAUUCGAUUCUGAUGCCAAUACCCAAGAUGAUAGCGACAUUGAAGACGACUAUGAAAGCGAUAAGGAGUCAAAAGUGAAAGAUCCGUUGCUCACGGCGAUCCGUGACACUCAUGCAAAAAAUCCGAUGACAAGUUGGCGUUCUUCACUUUCUGGCGGCAUUAUAACAGGCUCUGAAGCUAACAAAGUGUUGUCAGGCGAAGGCAACACUGGCAUGAGUGUCAUUGAGCGUAAGGCACAAGCUGGUCGCGACGAUGCCCGUGGUAGUCGAGAUGCGGUUUUUGAAAGUCUGCUUGCUUCGCAGAGUGAAGAAGACAAGCUUGCUUCCCGACCAAAGGGUUUGGCACGAGGUGAUAGGUGCUUCAAGCCGCCGCCACCAAUUAAGGACUUAGCAUUACAAACAUGGGAAAUUUCUCGGAGAAUGAUGAGUGAAUUGGGGUUCUUGUCGAUAGGCAAUUGGGGUGCUGUAUUUGCGAUGGAUUCUGCUGUGGCUACCGACUUUCUUCGUGAUCUUGAGACGCUUGACAAAUUACCCGACCGCGAAACUUUUGACAUCUCUAUUGCGUACGUGUUCACUGGCACCUCCCGAGGUGGCUACGACCAAAUUCACUUGGCGACUUCAACAGAUGUACGCGCUGGCUACGUCGAGCUUUCUGAUGACUACCGACGUUUUCUUACAUCAAUCGGCGAGCAUGAUGUCAACGACCGAACUGGAAACUCGGGAUUCAAUGCUGAUGUUGUCAAGGGCCGGAUGCUUUACUAUUCCCACUACAGUCAUAAGGCUUGCAUUUUCGUACCUACGUUGCUGGCAGAUGAAGAGCAGAACGGCGGCAGCGACAGUGACAGUGAUGCUGAAGACGGAGAAGGAUCGAGCGCAAGAAUGCAGUUUCAACACGCCAAUGUACUUAUUGUUUGGAAUGAGUGCCAGCAGACAUACCUUCCAGGGAGUGUGUUGUGGGAUGCCGCAUGUAAAAUGCCAAUGCCGACUUCGGGUGUAGUACUGGUCAUUGAUCCACUCGGUAACGAUCUUUACAGCGUUCACGUAAGCCACGAAUUCUCACCAUUAUUCGCCAAACGUGACAUCAUUGCUAACCAGGAGGACUAUGUCGAUGAGUCGGACGUUUACACUAGCCGAGUGCUGGGACCAUUGCUAGAUGGCAUGGUUGUCAAUGGCGUUUGGCUAGCUCCACUUGUCCGACAAACUGCAAUAAAUGCCGCGAUCCUUUCACGGUCCUUCCAUCGCUAUCAGCACAGCAUCGGUGCUGUUUCGUCUGCACCUGUGGGUGCAGAAGCUAACCGCAGCAAAAUCAUCUCAUCGUUUGUCGAAAAGCAUAUGCGUCCUAAGCUUCCCGGCGAAUUCUACGGUGAUUUGUUUGCCGACUUGACCGGUGAGAGUUAG